AUGACUAUUCCACACGGCCCAGCUCCUCCGAGCUAUGAGCACAGCCCAAUACAGCGUCGGCGGAGCAUCCGACUACUCACCAUAUUCGCCGCUGAUGAUUUCGAAGCAACUCUCAGGGCGAAACUAAGAACACACCGACUUGAGAGCGCUCCAGAGUACAUUGCCCUCUCCUAUGUCUGGGGUAAAACUGAGGCAACUAUCCCGAUUUAUAUCGAUGGUCACAUGCUCAUGAUCAGAAAAAACCUCAGUGUCGCGCUCAAAAGAUGGCGGCGCCGCCAGGGCACGUUUCAUAUCUGGGUGGAUGCAAUCUGCAUAAAUCAAGAGGAUAACGACGAGAAGUCGUCCCAGGUGCAACUGAUGCGUUUCAUUUAUCAAUCAGCUCGCAUGGUUCUCAUCUACCUUGAAGAGGCUGAUGGCUGGGAAGAGGCAAACAAAGCUAUGCAACAGCUAUGCCACUCCGACCCAGUAUUCCGCUCCCAGGAAAUCCAGGGUUCUCACAUAUUGUCUGUGCGCGGGCUCAUCUUUGACUCAAUCGAACAAGUCGGCACCUGCAGAACGGACAUCAAGGGACAAGUAGAACUUGCUGAGAUCGCUGACCCAAUCACUGAGUGUCUCGUUGAGGCUCACAACUUACUCCUGUCUCGAGACGGAUAUCGCCUUUAUCCCAAUGAAUCCAGAGCUAGUGUUCUGUCCCGCCUCGCUACGUGCGACAUAGAAGGCAAUGCUUGGCAUGUACGCGCUCCAGUACUCAAUCAAACCGCAAUGGCAAUGGUUUUGGCCCAUUCUAUCAAACAACCUCAGAACGGCCCGAACUCUGAAGCUUACGUUGCAAAUAUAAAGGAUAUCAUGGUCGGCUGGGACUCGCCCGGGUUCGAUUGCAAUGUUGAACUCUUCGCAUCAGCAGCCGCAAACGGAUUCCGAUCACAGCGAUUCAUCACAUCCCAGGGGUACAUAGGUCAGGCCCCUCAGUCCGUUGAGAUUGGAAGGGAUAAAGGCGAUAAGGUUGUGCUCAUUGCCGGCUGCCAUGUCCCGUUCAUCCUUCGACCGCAGGUAGAAGGGCGUUAUUCUGUGGUUGGGGACUGUUAUCUCCAUGGCGUUAUGGACGGAGAGGCAUGGGAUGAAGGACGGGUUGUGGCGAUGGAGAUUGUCUAG